AUUGAAAAAUAUCGAUAGGCCUGAACGAUAUUUCAAGAUGCCUAAAAAAUUCCAAAUUGAUGGAUUUUAUGAUUCUGAAACGUUAAUAAAUUCAAAUUUCUUUCAGAAAUUUGCUCACCUCAAUAUCUUUCGAUCCUUUCAUUGCUUAAGUAAAAGCCAGGAAGAAAGAAUUAGUGUUCUUAGACACAUUUCUUGCCUACCUGAUGAUUUUUGGAGUGAGAAUUCAAUAACUUUAGCAAUAUUUCGCCUAGCCUCACUACUUAUAUCGGAUAUUUCGAGUUAUGAGAAAAUCAACUAUAAUCAACUGGAAUUCCUUUCUUCACAAUCCAGCUCUAUAGAAACUUUAUUGAUAAAUUUCCUUAGUAGUGAGGUAUUAAUAAGAUAUGGAGAUGAAAAUAAACUUUCAAGUUAUUACAAGAAAAUAGAAUUCUCUAAACUACCUGAUCAUUUUGAGAAUGUAAGAGAUGACCUUAUUCCUUAUUUUGCUAAAGGAGUUUUUAAUAUUCUCAUAUUGGGAUCAGUUGCUAAUAUUAAAGAUCUAUCAAAUACAUUAAAUAAUACCAUAAAGAAAUUUGAUGACUCGGAGAAGAAGUUUAAAUUCAAGUUAUGUCUUUUAGGUUUACUUUUAGAGGCUUGUGGAACGUUUUAUUCUUUAAACAAAGCAAAAGAUAAAAAGGAUAUAGUACUUUCAAAAUUUACUGAAAAUUUAAUAAAAGGACUUCGAAUUAAAAAAAAAGAGGAUGUGGAAUUAGUAACAAAUAGCAUUUACUGGAAGAAUAUACCUUAUCUAUUUCAACCUCAUUUCUCUGAGUUUUUUAUAAAUGGAGCUCAAAAUGAAAAUGUCAACAUUAUUUCAUCUUUGUUUAGUAGAAUUAAAGUGCAAUCUAAUUAUGAGUCAAGAGAUUUUUUCAUUUUAAUAUUCAAAAAAUUAAGUGAUUUGGCUAAAAGUCUUUCGGGUUCACCAACCGACAACGCAGAAGAAACUAUCAAAGGACUCUCAAAAUUAUUUUUAACUGCUUUUAUAUCGUCAAAAAAAUGCUUAGAAGUCGAUGAAAAUUUGACUAAGAAUUUCUUUCAAGAUCAUUAUUAUCCAUCAAUGAAAGCAUUAGAAAAGUCCCUCUCGUGUAAAGUUUCCUUUCAUUCAUUAUUUAGCCAAUAUUUCUCAUGGAUAUCUCAAUAUGCUGACUCAAAUUUCUUAUUAUAUUCAUGCGAAGGGGAUAAAGAGCUAUUAAAAGCCAGUCAAUCCUAUAUAUCUGUAAACCUUCUCUUAACCUAUUGCAAAUCAAGAUGUGAUGAUAAAUCUAUUAAGCCAUACGAACGUAUGAUAUACGAAAAUAUUACUAAAACUGCACACAAUCUGAUUGAAGAAUUACAAUCAAACCCUUCCGAAAAAACCUUCUGCGACGCUUUGUUGGCCUGUGUUGUCUUUUUGAGUUCAACAGGCUUCGAGGAUGAUCACUAUAUUGCUACAAUACCCAUUCGAUUAUAUCUGAAGGAGAGAAAUAAUCAAUGUUCAAGAAUUUGUGAAUUAUUAGAUUCUGUUCUAUCAUUCAAAGAGUUUAGCACAGUAUUUUUCAAAGAGCAUUUAGAAGAUUGGGAAAGUGCAGCUGAAUUAUGGAAUGAAUGUAAAAUUCUUGAAAAAGAAUCAGAUGAAGAGUCUGAUGAUGAAGAUGAAAGUGAUGAGGAUAACGAUGAUGAUGACGAUGAUGACAAUGACAAUGAAAGUAAUGAUAAAGAAAUGGAUGAUGCUACAAACGAUAAAGCUCAGAAUGAGGCUGAAGAAGAAAACAAUGAAGCCUCCGAUAACGAAGAAACAAAAUCAGACGAUAACAGUUCAGAGUCGGAUAUAGAUGCUGAUCAAUUAGAUCCGGACGAAGUAAACAAACAAUUAGGACAGAUGGUAAAAUCCAUUCAGAACGAAAAAGAGCGUAAACUGAAAACAUUUUACCCUAACUUCAUGAACAGAUUCCUCAUAAUUAUUUCAAGAGGAUUUUGUGGUGAAACUUCAUUAGACCCCCUCUUCGCCUUGGAAAUAUGCAAUGUUUUGUUAAAGAGGUGCACAAAUAUUUCCAUUAAGGAUAGAAAUAUCUUUUUUAUUCAAACCUUUACUAAGUUGGUAAAGAAAUUCUCUGCAGAAGUAUCCAAGCAAACUGUUAUCGACGAAACUCUCUCAGGCGAAGUGUAUACUUUCAUUCGCAAUCUAUUCGACUUUUUCACACAUUCCCCAGCAAAAAUUGAGGGAGAGCCAUUUAAUGAUUAUAUGAAGGUUAUCGAAUUACUAAGUAGUACAAUAUGCUCAUCAACAAAAGAGGAGCAUGGCCAGCACUUUGAAGAGCGAAUGGAGAAUUACGUUCAAUUAGUUACUGAUUUAAUCCCUAUCGCGCUAUCAAAAAAUAAUAUUAUUAGAGUUUCUCUGAGUAAAUUCUUGGAAAGGAGUAUGAAUUUAACCCUUCUCCUUUGGCCAACAAUAAUCAAUGUGCUAGAAACACACAGAAAACCAUACGCGAAUCAGAAUAUUGUAUUUGGUCAGAGAAUCGCUCAACUACUUCAAGGACUAUACAAUUUGGCUACCACACUUAUGAAUGACAAACCGAAAAUGUUCAUAGAUAUAUGCGGUGUUACAGAAAAAAUAAGAAAUUGUCCAAAUUUCAAACAAUUUGCAAAGUCUUUUCCAGAGCCGCCAAUGAAAAAAUUAAAAAAGAUAUGGCGAAAGCAAGCAGGAGUUUCUGAAACAGUCAGCGAUGAGGAAUUAGAAUUACCAUUUGCUGAAUUCAGGAGAAAAUGUGCAAAACUUGGCUUCGAACAAUUAAGAAAGAAAGCUUUAAAAACAAAUAAAACUAUGGGAAAAAUGAAUGGAGUAGGACUAAUGGCCGGGUUAAUACCUAAGAGAAAAUGCUCCGACGAAGUUAAACCUCCAGUCUCUCGACCAGAACAAAUUCAUAAUAAUUCUCGUUUACCCGAAAUAACUAUACCAAGACAUUACGAUUUGGAUAUUUUUCCCGAUUUCUAUCACGACGGUAGUUCGUAUAGUGGAAAAGUGAACAUAGAUGUUGAUAUACAAGGAUCAAUUAACGAACUAGUUGUUCAUACCAAAUACUUAACGAUAUCCGAAACAAAGGUGUACAAGGAUUCUGACGAAUUAGAAAUCCUAUCGACGUUUUACUUCGAACGCAAUCAGUAUUGGGUCAUUCAAUUAAAACAUUCUCUAGUCAGAGAGGAUAAAGUAAGAAUUUAUCUCGCAUUUAGCGGAUCACUCGUAAGAGGAAUAGUAGGAAUGUAUAAGAGCAACUAUACGAAUAGUAUUACUGGAGAGAGACGAUGGAUGGUAACUACAAAGAUGCAACCAACAGAUGCCCGAAAGGCUUUUCCAUGCUUUGAUGAACCGAAAUACAAAGCUACUUUUAAGUUAACAGUAAAACACUGGCGAAACUUUACAGCUAUAGGAAAUAUGCCUAUUCAAAUAGAAAGGAAUAUAGAUUCUACAUGGAAAACUACAGAAUUCGAAACUUCACCAGUUAUGAGUACAUACUUAUUCUGUUUUGCUGUAAGUGAUUUUGCAAAUAAAACAACAACGCUAACAAACGGAAAACGGCUUAGCAUUUGGGCUCCUCCACAUAUUAUUGAUCAAGUUGACUUUGCGAUGGAUAUGACAACCAGAAUGGUUAAAUUUUUCGAAGACGAAUUUAACAUGACCUAUCACCUACCAAAAUUAGAUCAAAUUGCUGUUCCCGAUUAUCCAUCUGGAGCAACUGAGCACUGGGGUUUAAUAUCGUAUCGUCAAACUUCUCUUCUAUAUGAUAGUAAUCAGGUUGAUGCUACUGGAAAACAAAGAGUUGCAGCAGUUAUUGCUCAUGAAUUAACUCAUAAUUAUUUUGGUAAUUUGGCUACCUGCGAAUGGUGGGAUGAUUUAUGGCUUAACGAAGGUUUUGCAAGCUUUUAUCAAGUUAAAGCUGAAGAUGACGCUAAUCCGUCGUGGAAAAUUAAAGAUCAGUUUAUACUGAAGAAAGCUGGAGUGAUGAGAGUUGAUUCUGGAGGAGCUAGGCCUAUAUUAAUAGAUUUGAGCCGUCCAAACGAGAUAAAUUCAGUUUUUGAUAUAAUUACAUAUAGCAAAGGAGCGUCUAUUGUAAAUGUAUUGGAAAAGACACUUGGUAAGGACCUAUUCAGAAGAGCAAUUAGAGAAUUUCUAAAGAAAUACGAAUAUAAAACAAUGAAUACGAAACAGUUUAUUGACAGUGUUCAAGAAACUGUAAGGGAACAACUUAACGUUAGAAAUUUUCUAAGACCAUGGCUAGUCCAAUCAGGUUAUCCAUUAAUCUCUGUUGCAAAGAGGGGUUCAAAAUUAGCUAUACAUCAACAACUCUUCCAAAGUAGUUCAAAGGAUUCUAGAACUUGGCAUGUACGGAUAGAUUAUACGGAUGACAAGGGGAAAGUUGGUAAAGUUUGGCUAAACGGAACAACAACAACCGAAAUACUAUUAGCAAAUGCUAAAUGGAUAAAAUUAAAUCAUGGUGAGAAUGGAUAUUUUCGAGUUAAUUAUCCGGAAGAAAUGUGGAAUUCAUUUAAAGAUCUAUUGGAAAAGAAUCAUACAGCGCUUAGCGAUGCCGAUAGAAUAGGAUUGUUGAAUGAUGUUUUUGUGUUGGCCGAAAAUCAGCACAUUAAAUAUAAAAUUGCUCUAGAUAUGUUAAAAUAUUUAGAAAAUGAAAAAGUAUUCGUAGCAUGGUCAACAGUAAGGAGAAAUUUAGAUCGGAUAAGCUUUCUAAUGGAAUACUCUAAUAAUUACGCAAAAUGGAGGAAAUUUCUUAGGAAGAUAACGAAUAAUAUACUUCAUGAAUUAUCAAUUGAAGAUAAAGGCAAUCAUCUUGAAAAGUUGUUGAGAUCGAAUAUUAUAGAACUUGCUUGUUUCUUUGGAAAUGAAGUUUGCAUUAGAAAUUCAACAGUUUUAUUCAACAAUUGGUUAACGAAUAAUCAGCCUAUUCCUCCAAAUUUAAGAAGCUCGAUAUAUAGAAUGGGAAUGAGAUUUGCGGGCGAUGAAGAAAAAUGGGAUAAAGUUUGGAAUAUUUAUCUGAAUGCUACUUCAGCCCAGGAGAAAAGUUUAUUGGUUAACUCAUUGAGUUCUAUUGAACAAAGAUGGAUUCUCUUAAGAUUUAUGAAUCGAGCGUUAAAUGAGGAGUAUGUACGUUCGCAAGACUUUUUCUCACUUAUCUCGUCCGUAACAAGCCAUUCAAUGGGUUUAGCAACAGCUUGGGAUUGGGUUAGAGAGAACUAUGAAAUACUCAUCAAUAAGUUUGGUCUAACAAAUAGAUACUUUCAAAGGAUGGUUCCAGGAAUGGUACAAAAGUUUAAAACAGAACUCAAACUAAAAGAGGCUGAAGAAUUUUAUAAAAAGUACCCAGAAGCAGGACCUGGAUUCAAUGAUCGUUUAGCAUCUCUAGCUAUAGUUAGAAACAAUAUUGAAUGGAUUAAAAAGCACGAAUUUGAAAUUAUCAAUUGGCUGGAUGAUAAUUAA